AUGCGAAACCGAAGUCUAAUCAAUUUUUUGGUCAACAAUCAAUAUGGAACGGUUUUUUUGAAAACGGUUGAUGCAUCGAACUGCGUGAAAGAUGCUGAAAAGAUUUUUGAAUUGCUUGAUGGUGUUAUUGAAGAGAUUGGGGAAGAUAUAGUCGUUCAAGUGGUGACCGACAACGCAAGUAACUACAAAAAGGCCGGAGAGAUGUUAAUGAAGAAGAGAAAGAAAUUGUAUUGGACACCAUGUGCCGCCCAUUGCAUCGAUUUGAUGCUUGAAAAAAUUGGAGAAUUGCCACAACACAAAAAUGCUUUGCUUAAAGCAAAAAAAGUUAGCAAUUUCAUCUAUAAUCAUAAUUGGGUGUUGAGUUUGGCAAGAAAGAUUCUUGGGAAAGAUCUUCUUCGACCGGCCACCACAAGAUUCGCCACGGCCUUUUUGACGAUUCAAAGUCUUUAUGAUUCUAAAGAUGCUUUGCAACAAAUGUUCGUUUCUAAUGAUUGGAAGAAUUGUGCUUGGGCUAAGAAAGACGAUGGAAAAAAUGUAAAGAAAAUUAUUAUGGAUGAGAGAACUUUUUGGCCUAGUGUGGUCUAUACCCUUCAAACCACAAGCCCACUAGUUGAAGUGUUGAGGAUCGUUGAUGGUGAGCAAACACCCGCAAUGGGAUUUCUUUAUGGAGCGAUGGACGCGUGGAAGGAAAAAAUUGCAAAGAACUUGAAUAAUGUCGAAGCGUCCUACAAAGAGAUAUGGGACAUCAUCGAUGAAAAAUGGGACUUUCAAAUGCACCGCGCUUUGCAUGCGGCUGCCUACUAUCUAAAUCCUAAAUUUCGAUGGAGUCCCGAUGUUUCACAACAUCCAGAGAUUAAGAGAGGGUUGUAUGAUGUCAUGGAACGACUCGUGAAGGACAACGGAGUCUACAUGAAGAUUGAAGAACAACUAAUUCUUUACAGGGAAAAGAAAGGAUUAUUUGGUUAUAGGGGUUCGUUGGCAACUUAUCAAACACGUCCACCGGUUUUAUGGUGGGGCGAAUAUGGAGAUGAUACCCCUGAACUCAAGGCGUUUGCAAUGAAGAUUUUGGGUCUUACAUGUUCGGCUUCAGCUUGUGAACGUAAUUGGAGUACGUUCAAUCAAGUACAUACAAAGAGACGAAACCGGUUGACCACCGAGAGGAUGGACGAUUUGGUGUUCAUCAUGUACAAUAGAAAGUUGAAGCAAAAAUUUGUAAAAAGGUCCAAUUUAAAAGAAGAUGAAGAUCCUUUACUUGUUGAAAACGUCAUGUCUGAUGAUGAGUGGAUAGCCGACCCAAGCGAUGAUGAUGAUGAUGAAGAUGCAAUUGAAGUUGAUGCGGCAAAUGUGGAAGAAAGUGACGAGGUGAUUAGAACAACAAGAGGUAGUGGGGCCACUAAAACACGUAGAGGUGGUGGGAUAAUUGAGCGAGGCGGUGGAAGUUCAUCAUCUAAGAAAAGGAAAGCCGCCCUUCAUUUGAUUGACGAGGAUGACGAUGAUGAGGAUUGGGUUGAGGAAGAUUGUGAGGAUGAUGAAGAUGAUGUGCGUUAUGCUAUUUGA